AUGUCCUUUACGGCUAGCUCUAUAUUCGGGAAGGGUGGCUUGGGAGCUGCUUCACAGCCGUCGCAGCCAGAUCAACCAGCGCAACCGUCGAGCAUAUUCUCUCCUUCGAACCCGACGAGUAUCUUUGGCAACCCUCCAACAACACAGGCGCAGGCAACUACCUCUAUCUUCGGCGGCCAGCCUCAAUCCCAACAACAGCCUGGUCCCUCAUCAAUUUUCGGACCGGGUCAACCGAAUGCUAGCACGGCGCAACCUAUACAGCCAGCUUCCCAGGGCGCGCAGCCUGCCUUCUUCAGUAGCUUAUUGGAGCGUGGUAAGAAGCGGCCACUUUCUGCCGUUGCUCAAAAUGGCAACUUUGAGGAUAUGCCCAACCUUCAGUUGGGCCUAGAUGACAUUCGCCGAAAGGCGAGGGAACUCGGCACUGGUGGCUUCAAGGAUUCUUAUGUGCCAAGCAGUAAAGCUUAUUAUCUACUUGCAGCCUCGGGUGUGUCUCCGGGACACGCGCUACGUGAUCUAAAAGCUCUAGAGCCACAAGCCUCCGUACAACUUCCACCAAAGGAACCAGACACAUUCGACCCCGACAAUCAAAAGUAUCUCAGAAAUAUUCAGCAGCGUGGCCGUCAGGUAAUGAUUGCUGAGAGCCUCGCAAGAGCUCAAAGAGAUUUUGACUCCUUCCUGGAAGAGAAAGUCGACUUGGAUUGGGAAGAGCAACGCCACAGGAUCUUCCAACAUUUUGGACUAUCACAGAAAGAGGAUUCUGCUGGUGACUCGGGCCCAUCGUUUGGCCGGUCAACGAGGCAAGCUAAUCAGUCUACCUAUGGUCCCUCUGGGGCAACACGUAGGAGUGUGUUUGGCCGUUCUGGAUUGGACAAGUCGGUAAUAGGAACUCCUGGGACUGGAAAACCAAGUCAUCAGCUGUUUGACGAUUCUUCGGCACGCACUGAAGGCCCUAUUUUUCAGACACUGGAUAUUCGAUUUCUGCGCGAGAAGAUGGGCUACUAUGCAGAUAAGGUUCAGUCACUAAAUUCUACUCGCCUUCAAAAACGCAGCUUUCCAAUUCUUCACGAAUUUUCUGAUGUCGAAAAGCAUGCUGGCGGCGACGUUCCCCGGCAGCUUUUUGACGCCUACAUCGCUCUCAUAAACAUUGUUGGAGAGCCACUGGACGUCACAGACGUAUCUGACCCAGAGGCAGUCAAGGAGCGCCAAUUCUCAGAGGAGUACCUGAACGAAACGCAAAACUCACAGCAGGCGGUAAAUCUCAGAAAACGAAUUGUUGAAGGCUCGAGAAAAUUCCUCGAAAACUCAUUUUACAGUGAGGUCGAAGCAGCAAUCUCCAAGAAUCCUCGCGAGGCUCAGCUUGGUGGAAUACCAACUGUCGUUAACAAAAUUCGCGCAUACAUACGCCUGAGAGAUGCCCGAAAAGACCUUGCGCCGGAUGGCAUGGAACUACAAAUGGUGGGCAAUGACUAUUGCUGGAUUCUAAUCUUCUAUCUCCUUCGCUGUGGCUUCGUCACCGAGGCAGCAGAGUAUGUUAGCCAAGACCCUGGUUUCCGGUCAUUAGACCACAAGUUCGUGACAUACAUGACAACUUAUGCCCAAGGUAAACGAUUACCAAGGGACAUGCAACAAAGAAUCAAUGGCGAAUUCCAGCAACGGUCGCGCAAUGCCCCAGACAACACUGUUGAUCCUUACCGCAUGGCGUGUUAUAAAAUCAUUGGGCGCUGUGAUCUUGGACGCAGGCGCCUAGACGGCAUCAACCAGAGUGUGGAGGAUUGGAUGUGGUUGCAGUUUAGUCUUGCCAGAGAGGACGACCGAGCUGAGGAGGUUGCAGGUGACGUUUUCGGGCUUGAAGACAUCCAGACAGACAUCACCGAAAUUGGUCAGCGAGUGUUUGGCAAGGGCCAAGAAGGGCCCGGUGGUUACGGAACCUUCUUCCUCCUUCAGAUUCUCGGAGGAAUGUUUGAACAAGCUAUCUCGUAUCUUGGAUCGUAUGCGCCCAUUAGCGCGGUACACUUUGCGGUUGCGCUGGCCUACUAUGGUCUCUUGAGGGUCUCUGAUUUCUACACAUCGGGCGAAGAGAUUUUGUCAUUUACCGUGAAACAAUAUCCGCAGAUCAAUUUUGGCUAUCUCAUUACUCAAUACACAAAGGAGUUCCGCACAGCAUAUGUGGAAGCAGCAAUCGAUUACUUUUCUCUGCUCUGCCUCAAUGCUGACCUUCCUGGUGCGCUGGGCAAGUCGCAAGCCUCCGUGUGUCACGAGGCCCUGCGGGAGUACAUUUUGGAAACCAGAGAUUUUGCCAAGCUACUCGGUGACAUUCGGUCAGAUGGUACCAGGAUCAAAGGGCUGAUUGAGCAGCGUAUAAGCCUGAUCAAGCUCAUCGACCAAGAAGAGUUCCUCAAGACGAUAACAGUGCAAGCAGCAGCUGUCGCUGAAGACAAGGGCCUAAUCACAGACUCCGUUCUCCUAUAUCAUCUUGCCGAAGACUACGACCGUGUCAUUGAUAUCAUCAAUAGAACGCUGUCCGACUCUGUGGCUGUGCCCCUAGGAAGUCCCACGCUAAAGUUGCAGCCAUUGAGACCUCGCGCUACCUCAGGAGUUGAUGUCUCCGCAGAGCCUGGGACAAGCCUCAGCCUAACGACCGUGGAAGACCCAGUCGUGUUGGCAAAGAAUAUGAUAAGCCUCUACAAUCAAAACGCCAUGUACUAUCAGCGGAUCCGUCAAUCGAGCCGUGACGCAUGCGGCCUUUUGCUCCGGAUGAUGGAGGCUAAAUCAGAGGUAGAGGCAGGGAAGUGGACAGCGGCUUUGGACACCGUCAACGGACUGGGUAUCCUGCCACUUCGGGCUCGAGGCUCCGUACCUUAUAUUCGUAGCGCCGCUCAAGCAUUCUCAGCCUUCCCAUCCGUCAUUGCCAGCAACAUAGGCCAUGUGAUUAUAUGGAGUAUUACAUGCAUUGGGCGUGAACGUGAGCGAUUGAGCUCUGGUCCGUACGAAACCGAGAUGAGACAAGGUCUCUCAGAGGAGCUCUUAGUCAUGGCAAAGGACUUGAUGAUCUUCUCUGGAAUGAUCAAAUACAAACUACCCCCGAGGGUUUACGAGACGCUUGCUCGUGCUGGAGCGGACAUUGGUGCGUUCUAA